CGGCGUGUCAUAUGAUCGCUAUGAAUAUACUGUACGCGCGCCGCCUCUACACGCAUGAUUCUGUAAAAUCGGUAAAUUUAUUUCUAGUAAUCGGUGUCUAUAGUGAUGAAGAAUUUUUGAUACAGUUUUAAUUUUAUAUUUACGUUAACUAAAUUGCUUGAAGACAUUUAAAUCGAAGUUCAGUUCAGAAGGAUGAUUUUAAUAAUAUGUUAGUUUAUUUGUGAAAUACAACAAAAACGAAAAAAAUCUAUGUCAUCAAAUCCUGUUUGCGAAUUUCAAAAGAUUUUGUUGUACAUGCAACCUGUACAUUACUGUUUUUUGCAUUAUUGAAUAUUGAUGUGGCAGUAAGACAUAAACAAUUAGUGAUGAGUACUACCAAAUCGGCAAUGGCGGAUCGUGAAAGGCCUGCGAAAACCCCUAUCAGGGUGGGCUUUUAUGAUAUAGAAAGGACUAUUGGCAAAGGAAAUUUUGCCGUCGUAAAGCUGGCGCGACAUCGAAUAACGAAGACUGAGGUAGCAAUUAAGAUAAUAGAUAAAUCACAAUUAGACGCAAGUAAUCUUCAGAAGGUGUACAGAGAAGUGGACAUCAUGAAGAGGCUGGAUCAUCCUCAUAUCAUUAAACUUUAUCAGGUCAUGGAAACUAAAAACAUGAUCUACAUUGUCUCCGAGUACGCGAGUAAAGGAGAAAUAUUUGAUUAUAUCGCAAGGUACGGCCGGAUGGCAGAGCAAGCAGCUAGAAGAAAGUUCUGGCAGAUUCUGUCGGCUGUCGAAUACUGUCAUGAGAGGCGAAUAGUUCACAGAGAUCUCAAGGCGGAGAACUUGCUCUUGGACGGGAACAUGAAUAUAAAGAUUGCGGAUUUCGGGUUCAGUAACUACUACGCGGUCGGAGAGCUCCUCGCCACGUGGUGCGGUUCUCCUCCGUACGCCGCGCCCGAAGUGUUCGAGGGAAAGCGGUACACGGGACCUGAAAUAGAUAUAUGGAGUCUCGGGGUGGUGCUUUAUGUCUUAGUUUGCGGUGCACUGCCGUUUGACGGCUCUACUCUACAGUCUCUACGGGAUAGAGUGCUCUCAGGAAGGUUCAGAAUACCCUACUUUAUGAGUGAAGAUUGCGAGUCCCUAAUCCGCAAGAUGCUAGUCCUGGAGCCAAUGAAACGGUAUACGAUAGACCAGAUAAAGAAACACCGGUGGAUGUCAGUGGAGCCCUACGCGAUACCGAGCGUGACGACGGAUCCGAUGCGUAGCCCUGCGCACGUGGCGCACUCCCAUGAACCCAACGAACAAGUCCUAAGGCUCAUGCAGAGCUUAGGCAUCGAUCCGGUUAAAACUAAAGAGAGUCUUCGGUCGAACAGUUACGACCACCACGCGGCGAUAUACCUGCUGCUGGUCGAACGGCUUCGGUCAAGGGCUAGCGGUCUCAACGAGAGGCGUCCGACACGGCGGCCCUCUUCCGUUGCGGACCAGGCCUUAGCGAGGGAACUACACGACGCGAGACGAGAACACCACACUAGAUUACUACAUACGGGUGAACCAUCGAGAGACAAACUAGCUCCGAUUGUACAAGAUCCUUCAUCAUCAGAGACACAAAGACUUCUCUCUCUAGCCGGCGUCAACAUGACCGAACAAAGACUCCUACAGAGAAACUCUGACCAAUCUGAGACUCAUCGAAGCUUCCUUGUUGCUAACAUAGACCCAAGAAAUCAUGAAAGUGAAUCUACGAGGCUCCUAUCUAUGAGAAACGUUGAUGUUUCACAGUCCAGUCAAAGGUUAGGGAAACUUAACGAAACGCCAACACACAAACUGCUUACCUCAGCAUAUGAACAACAGCAAAAUAUACUGAAGCAAUCUAGUGAAGACUGCCGGCGCCUGUUGCAACAGUCGACGACAGUGGGGCCGGACACCAAUAAGAACUGCAAUGAUGGCAGACUACUGACGUCAUCUAGUUUCGAUUCUAAAUGCGCAAUCGAUGGAGGAAGAAGCAUGUCCACGGCGGAUCAUAACAUUAUCGCUAAUUUCCUCCAAAACUCUGCAUCAGCGACUAAUUUCAAUCUGGAUUCCAUGAAGUUACCUAGUUCGACAACAUUUACUAUGUGUUCUGAAGCAGCAAAACUUAUGAACACAUUGCAACAAUCUCCUUUGCCUCUUAAGGGAACUGUUAAUUUGAGCACGAGUCCAAUACCGUCUCAGUUCGCUGAAACCAAGCUUAGCAGUGUGUUGGAGCAGCCAAAACCGUUAGAAUCAAGUCGAUUAGUUGCACAGAUAUCUCAAACACCACAGCAGGAUGUAAAUCGUUUACAAACGGGUACACCUCCAUUCAAAGAUUACAUGAACCAUCUGCCUUCGUAUAACUAUCUACAGAAUACUGUCCUUACCCAGAAUCCUACUGAAAAUAACACAUUGAGUACAGCGGCCGCAGAUUUAUAUCAGAAUACAUUGUAUAGGCCCGAUAGCAAAUUUUCUUUAAAUAGAUAUACAUCUGGACAAACUUAUAAUCAAGCGCUUCCUAGCGGAACUAGUGAGGCUACAAAAUUUCAACAACAGUAUUCAUCGUCGACCGAUGAAGGCUGCGAAACCGAUAUGGAGGACGUCCCAAACACGAGUGGAGUACAAAAUAGACUCAGCUCAUACGCCAGCUCAAGUUCGAGUAGCGGUGUGGUCACAUUUUUUAACAACAAAAGCUUGAGCCAGAAUCUAAGUUGUGAUUCGUCCCAAAGUAAUUUCUCAGCUUUCGAAAGCAUCGAUUAUCAACUCUCAGACUGUUCAAGUGAGCUUGCAAGCAGUUUACCGAGUUGUACUUCUAACGAGGACAGAUUAUCUCACGAAAACAGUACACUAGUGAACACAAGUCCCAUGCACCCGUGCGUUUACAUUUCGUCAUAUAAUAAUAAAACUCCAGGGACUGGCUUGAUCACACGACAUAAUCCUCUAAACUACCAAUCCUCUAAUAAGAACUGUCCGCGAACUAUGACACGAAGUCCUGUGGAUUUUCGUGAAGGUCGCCGGGCCAGUGAUGGUCUGGUUGCCCAACAAGCUGCACAGGCAGACGAAGCCCAAAAAAACAGCCUCGCUUUUAACAGCCAAAGACUCAAUGAAAAUUGCAAAGCAAAAGGCGUUCUCGAGUUACAUUUAGUACAAAAAGAGGCACAAAAAUUGAAAACCCAAUAUCAAUCGACAAUUCCGGCCGAAGAGAUGACCCAAAGACAAAUUCAACAUAACCAAUUUGCAGCAACGUUUACUCCGCAUUAUAUUGACACUAAGAAUCCAACUCCGAAGCGUAUAAGUCUUCCUGAAUCAUUCAAUUACUCUAGCACGUCCCCGCCAAUGCCCGCUAGUCCCAAACUGGUGGCGCAAUUGCAGGAAUGUAAUGACUUGGGUCACGGUGCGUCCGCAUCCCAAAUUAGCAAACCUCCGUUACAACAGCAAUUAAUGCAGCAUAGACUUUUCCAGCAAAAGCGUCAAUUAUUGCAAAAACAAAUGCCUCCUGCAAACUUGUCUCCGCACGAAAUGGUUGCACUGCAUAACAUGCAAGUUGGUCUGAGCAGAAGGCAGAUGCUCAGGCAACAAAGCUAUAAGAUAGCUCAACAACAACAAGUAUUACCGCCUUUACCGUUGACAGAAUCUGAAAGUAAGGAUUUAUUAGCUUUUCAAGCUAUUGUUGAGGAUCCGACUAGAAUAGUGAAUGCAACUGACGAAAACCAAGAAGAUGGCGGUAAUUUCUCGUAUCAAGGUUCCAUGGAAAUUAAUAUAGUGAAUCAGGGUAGGUUGGGUGAAAAUUGGUCGAAUCUACCGUCCAGUUUGCAAAAUGCUUGCCAGAUCUCUGAAUUAGGGAGGCGAGAAUUGAAAGAAACUCGUGAAGAAACUGAUGGCAGUCACAAUAUGGAGGCGACCCUGUGGCCCGGACAAUGGAACGCUACGUUGUUUCCGCCGCAGACUUGCUUCCAGGUAUUCCAACAAAUUAACUAGCGUAGGCUCACCAGUAGUUGUAGAUUUGGUGCACAUUCAGCUUCGAGUGGUAGUGAUUUGGUACAGAUUUUCGUUUUGAUAAACCAUCAUGGUUUACGAGUAUGUAUUGCAUUGUUUUGUAGUAGAACUUUCAGUUACUGAAAAUUAUUGUUAUAAACUAAAAUUAUAAACAGUAUUAACUGUUAACAUGUGUUAAAUAUGACAAUCUGUUUCUAGUUGAUCAUUAGCAAGAAGGCUGAUAGUGAUAUGGCUAGAUGUCAGCCCGUAGUUGUUCAAGAUAUCUUGGUCUCAUAAUAUGUUAGAAUCAAUGAUUCUUAUAAACAGCCGUAUUUAUUAAACUUAAAUUGUGCAUCCAAUAUAUAUCAAAUAAUAAUUACUGUUGAAGAUUCUUGUAUCUUUCGGUAAUUUGCAUGACAAUAACUAGUGCUUUAAAUUAUCUAGUAUUCACGAUCUUGUCGGCACAAUUAUAUAAGCCUUUUAUUUGUAAAUCUAAUGUUAUUACAAUUAUAAUAAAGAUGUGAUCAUCAUUUUUCUUGAUUACAAACGUCCCUUACGACUUGCCAAAUAUUGUAUUAUAGUAAAGUUAUUUUGGUAAAUUAUUGUAAUUCAACAUCACAAUGUUCCUAUUUAUUGUUCACAAUGCCCAAAUUUUGAUAAUAAUAUAUAUAAAUAUUUAUUUAUUGUUAUACUUAUACUUAAUAUAAAUAAAAAAUAAUUACAAUUAGUUUUCAGUUAUUAUUAUCUGUUUGUUGAAGUCUGUACAGAUGAUUUGCUUGAUUAUUAUUACAAUAGGACUAGAUGUAGUCUAUGUAAGUUGUGAUAGCUUUAUUUAGAAGCAAAUUUAUUUAAUUUGAAUUAAAUGUAAUCUUUUAUUA